CCAUUCACUUUCCCAAACAAUCCACUUCAUACAUUCCAUGAAUAUAAUGAGCUUGAAUAAUUGGGCCGCCCAACUCAAUUUUGUAUCAUCAGCAAUUCAGUGGAAAAGGGCAGUGAAAGCGAAGAAUGAGGAAGAAGCUGUUAUUCCGACUGUUACCUCACCUUCGUCACCGUCGCAAUUUUCAAAUUCAUCGACAGUUUACUCUACCACCAUUACCAUCAAUUGUCUUGCAUCACAGACUUUAUCACGGGCACCCCGGAGCAUCAUAUGGCCUGAACUCAGCUUUGGCUGCGAGAGGUGUGAUUGUGGAGGACAAAGUUUUCCUGAAUUUGAAUGCCUCUGAACUAAAGCAGAAAGGAGCGACAACUACAGAGUCUCUGUCAGGACUUCAUAUUUAUUUUAGAGGAACUGUUUUUGGAGGGAGCUCAGAAUUUUCAAAGUCACAAUUCAGUAAAUUAUUGAAACAGGUCACUAGUCAUUUGUCAUCAAUCCCAGACAUCUUUAUUCAUGAUGGAGCUAUUGGAUCAUCAUCGAGGUGUAGUGCAAGAAUCCGUGUGAUAAGUGACAACCCUUCAGCUGUACUCUCUCUUUCGGAUAUCCUUUGGGGUGCCUCGAAUCGUGCAGUUUCACAUGAUACUUGUCCUAUAACAAUCUAUGUUGCGUCUUCUAUAAGUGAAACAAUAGGGAGCACAGUUGGUAUUGGUUCUCAAGGAAGUACAGGGUUUAUAGCUGCUGAUACAGAGCGUUCUUCUCUUAUCUUAUGUGGUAAUGCUUUCGGUGAUACAAAUGGGGUGAAACGAAGUUUGGUAGCAUUAUCAGAACCUAUAUUAGCAGCUCGAGGAGGCAUCCCACUGGCAGCUAGGAUCCUGGAGUUGGAGGACGUGGUGAUACUCUUGUUUGCACCAGAAGAUGUCAUUUGGAGCUCCUCCAAUCAGUUGGUGUCUGGAGAUGCAGGUGUAAUUCUUGCGUCUCAAGGUGUUGCACCCUUUUUCCGAACCAAGAAAUCAAAUGCACCAAGCUUAUACAAAUUGCCUGCUGCUAUAAUUCUUGCAUGUUCUGAUAGCUCCAAAGUCCUUCCUGCUGUAUCAAGGCUUUCACCUGGUCAAGCUGCUUAUCAUUUCCUAGCUGGAUAUCAGAAUGGCAAUUACAUUCCUGCAUUUAAUAGUAGACUGUCAUCGAUUGAUCCCUUGGAGUUGUCAAAGGCUCUUUUAGCCCAGUUGAAGGACACUUCAAUGAUUCCGUUCCUGAUAAAUAUUAACGAUGGAGAAAAGCAUAUAACUGGGAAAGACCUUAUAGACGUAGUUCAGUCAACUCUUUCGAAGAACAUAUCAUUCUUUAAACCUAAAGGUGGAGACCUGAAAUCAAAGUUCAAGAGGUUUUUGCGGAGUAAAUAUUCAGAAUUACCGGAGGAAUUUUCAUUUUGACAUCCUCAUGAGUUCUGCAAGGUGCAACCUCUUGUACUUGUACAUAGCGAAUAUGGAUCUCACAAGCACAAUCAGUCCUGCACGGAUCAGAGCCAGAGCCAGUGCCAGCGCCAGCCUGAGUCAAUGAGAAUCAGGAAUCUGACCUAUUGAUUUGAGCACUGGAAUCUGGAUACACUACUGGAUGCUACUCAAUUGCUUAUAUCGGUAUGGUCCAACUGCGAAGACAGGUUUGAGUCCUAAAGCUGGGUUCUUAUUCAUGCUUGUUAGUUAUUAGUCGCAGAAGACCCAUUUUCAUUCUCUAAAAGUUGAUCCAAUUAAUGUCUAUAUAUAUAUAUAUAUAUAUAUUAGUGACAUUGUCUUUUUUGUAAAGAAUUUCAAAUUGGUCAGAAUUGGGGUAUAUAACUAUAUUUUGUGCAACAAUCAAACUGGAACAGAGUAGAGGGAGUAACUGAAAAAGACAUUGUUCGUGUAGUUUCGUCAAAUCAUUCUGACUACAAAUAGUUGUCUUCAUCGGGGGAAAGUCGAUUGAUGAGCAGGUUGUGAGUUGAGAUCAUAUGCAUUGUGUCACUGUGUGCAGUGUGUUGGGACUUGGCCUUGUUCUGUAAGUUGUCACAAGCUUUUUGAGCUUGUACCUAUAUACACUUUUAACUUGUAAGUUGUAAAAGUUCUCUAGAAAAGUUGUGUAGUCUUGAUGACAUUUUUCUUCUUGUUGAUAUCUUAGGUAUAUCUAAAGAUGUCUUUGGUUUUCCUGACUAAAUAUGAUCAAGUGAACUGAUCCUGUACAUUGGUCAUGAGAUUCUUAGAAGUACAUCAGGACUGCAGCAGAUUAUUCACGUUGACAAUUUGAAAAUGUUCUUCUAGGGUUAAAGCUUAUCCUGUCCAUGCUAUUAUUCAGUUCAAGUGUUUUAUAUGGAAAAUUCGUCCAAGUGCACCUUCAAAAAUACGAAGUUUUUAAGAUAGUGUAUUUUGUAAUUUUUUUUUUUUUGUGAGAAUGUACCUUAUAAGUCUUUUAGUUUAAGAUUGACUCAUUGUGGCUGUUUUCUCCCGUAAAGUCGAACUUUAAGUCAUCUGGUUAAUCCUUUUUUUGGCACGUGAAGCACACAUUACAUUUUCUCUUUUCUUUACCCUCUUAUAUACUUGAUACUCUCUCUUCUUCCUCUA